UGUCUCCGCUCAGGCGGCCGCCCCUCCUCGCUGCCCACGUGUGGCCCGACUUAAGAUGGCGUCUCCCAUGGCAAGCCAGGCUGGGACAGCGCUGCGGGACUUGGCUUUGGUCAGAGCUUCCCUGCUGGCGAGGCGCAGCCCGGCUGUCCAGUUGGCCCCUAGACGAUGGCUAAACCUGCAGGAAUACCAGAGCAAGAAACUGAUGGCUGAUCACGGGGUCACAGUUCAGAGAUUCUUCGUGGCUGACACUGCAAAUGAUGCUCUUGAGGCUGCUAAGAGACUAAAUGCUACAGAAAUUGUGUUGAAGGCUCAAAUCUUGGCCGGAGGAAGAGGAAAAGGUGUUUUCAGCAGCGGGCUGAAAGGAGGCGUGCAUCUAACCAAGGAUCCUAAAGUGGUAGGGGAGCUUGCUGAACAGAUGAUUGGAUACAAUCUCACCACGAAGCAAACUCCGAAGGGUGGUGUCAAAGUUCAGAAGGUCAUGGUGGCAGAAGCACUAGACAUUUCAAGAGAAACUUACUUUGCAAUAUUAAUGGAUCGAGCUUGCAAUGGACCUGUUCUGGUUGGUAGCCCACAAGGUGGGGUUGAUAUAGAAGAAGUGGCAGCUAAAAGCCCGGAACUCAUCUUCAAGGAGGAAAUAGAUAUUUUUGAAGGUGUAAAGGAUCUUCAAGCCCAACGGCUGGCAGAAAAUCUGGGAUUCAAGGGACCUCUGCAACAGCAGGCUGCCGAUCAAAUUAAGAAGCUGUACAACCUUUUCCUGAAAAUUGAUGCCACUCAAGUUGAAGUGAAUCCCUUUGGCGAAACUCCAGAAGGGCAAGUUGUGUGCUUUGAUGCCAAGAUAAACUUUGAUGACAAUGCUGAGUUCAGGCAAAAAGAGAUAUUUGCCAUGGAUGACAAAUCUGAGAAUGAGCCUAUAGAAAAUGAAGCUGCCCACUAUGACUUGAAGUACAUAGGCCUGGAUGGAAACAUUGCCUGUUUUGUCAAUGGCGCUGGGCUUGCUAUGGCAACGUGCGAUAUCAUUUCCCUUAAUGGUGGAAAGCCUGCCAACUUCCUGGAUCUUGGUGGAGGCGUGAAAGAAGCACAAGUAUAUCAAGCAUUCAAACUGCUCACUGCUGAUCCCAAGGUUGAAGCAAUUCUGGUCAAUAUUUUUGGUGGGAUUGUCAACUGUGCCAUUAUAGCCAACGGCAUCACCAAAGCCUGCCGAGAGCUUGAACUGAAAGUGCCUCUAGUGGUCAGACUUGAAGGGACAAAUGUUCAUGAAGCCAAGCGCAUUCUGACUGAAAGUGGGCUCCCAAUCACCGCCGCAAGUGACCUUGAAGAUGCUGCCAAGAAGGCAGUGGCCAGUGUGACGAAGAAAUAGAAGACACUUCCAGCAAAGGACUUUAUAUAACACACAACAUUCCCCAAGUUGUCUCAAAUGCAUAUUUAGGAUUCUUUUAACCAGCCAGGAGUAAAACUCUAUUUGGUCAGCCUAACUUAUCCAUAAUAAAUUACGAGUUUUUUGGUGUGUAAAAAAAAAAAA